AUGGCAGAAGCAGAAAAAUAUAAUGAGGAAAAGAAAAUGGGCUGUGGUCUAGUAAGAGCAGUUUUCCGGCGGCGGCGCUCGGGGCCAAAAAAACCACCAGUGCCACCACUUCCUAGAAACGGCAAAGUUAAGUUCCGGGGAACUAACACUUCCAAGAAGUCCACUAAUCCAAUGCCUCCAACUUCGCUUCAUCAUGGUAGAAGACCUUCAAAACCAGAGAGAAACUUAACACCAUCCAACAUCAAUUCAAGUAUGAACUCAAUGUCACAAGUUGUCAAUUUGGCAUACACCAGAAAGCUAAGGAGAGAGCCAACUUUCAAUUCAAGCGAGCUGAGCCUUACGAUUUCCCGGCAACGGCAACCAAUUGUAAGUGACACAGAAUACAAAGCUUCCUCAAGCAACAUAAUGCUUUCAGGCCAAUUCGGCAACUUGAAGCAAUCAGGGACCAAAAAUGUUAAGACUUUGGAUUAUCAUCUUAGGACUGUCAAAAAAACAGCAAAUAGUGAAGCUGAAACUACCUUUAUCAUGGGCAAUAUUGUGAGUGGAGAGAGCCAACAACUAGGAAACAUAUAUAGUGGCGUGAUGAAUAAAUUGGACCCUGAUGUGUUGAAGAAGAUGGGAAAUGAGAAGCACAAGAAGGGAAUGUACGAGGCGGCGCUGGCUCUAUAUGAUCAAGCAAUUGCCCUUGAUUCGGGUAAGGCGUCGUAUUAUAGCAACAAAAGUGCAGCUUUCAUUGGUUUAGGCCGUCUGGUUGAGGCAGUUUUUGAGUGUAGAAAGGCUAUUCAGAUUGACCCUUCUUAUAAUAAUGCUCAUUAUCGUCUGGCAAGACUAUAUCACAGAUUAGGAGAAGCAGAUAAAGCAUUAAGUCAUUACAAAUGCUCAGGCUCCAAGGCUGGUACUAAGGACAUUGCUGAAGCUCAAACUCUUCAGACACACCACAGAAAUUGUACACAAGCUCAAAGUCUAAAAGACUGGAAUACACUUUUGAAGCAGAGCCAGAGUGCAUUAUCUUUUGGUGCAGAUUCAGCCCAAAAGAUCUAUGCUAUGCAAGCAGAGGCCUUGCUGAAGCUCGGCAGACACCAAGAAGCCUACACCAGCAUUGAGAAUGGACCAAAUUUUGACACUGAACUUUGUACCCGCUUCUAUGGAUCAGCUGGUAGUGCUUAUUUGUUAACAAUUCAGGCACAGGUUUACAUGUCUGUGGGCAGGUUUGAGGAUGCUGUGGCCAUGGCUCAGCGUGCAGCUCGAGUUCAUUCAAGCAAUGAGAUAAAUGCACUAGUGAAUAGGGCUCGAGCAGUCACGUUAGCUAGAUCAAAUGGUAACCAGCUCUUUAAGAAGUCCAAAUUCUCAGAGGCCUGUGCAGCAUAUACAGAAGGAUUGGAACAAGAACCAUACAACUCUGUUUUGCUAUGCAAUCGGGCUGCUUGCCGAUCUAAGUUGGGCCAAUUCGAGAAAGCAGUAGAAGAUUGUACCACAGCCCUCAACGGGCGACCUUCUUACAGCAAGGCCAGACUUAGAAGGGCCAAUUGCAAUGCCCAGUUGGAAAGGUGGGAGGCUGCAAUUCAAGAUUACGAGAUGUUGAUACAAGAAACUCCUGGGGAUGAGGAAGUGGGAAGGGCUUUGUUCGAGGCACAGAUCCAGCUCAAGAAGCAGCGCAGCAACGAUAUUGACGACAUGAAUUUUGGUCCUAAUUUGAUUCAUAUCUCCAGCGAGGGACACUUCAGACACUAUGUAACUGCACCUGGGAUGUCUGUGGUGCUCUUCUGCAACAAAACAUGCCAAAAGCAAGUGUUGCAGCAAAUGAAGCAAGUCUGCAAGAGAUUCCCAUCUGUCAACUUUCUCAAGGUGGGGAUUGAAGAACACCCAGAACUAGCCAAAUCGGAGGGUGUGGACUCUGUGCCUGCCUUCAAGGUAUACAAGAAUGGCUCAAAUCUCAUAGAAAUUCCCGGAGACAACUGUGAGCUGCUAGAAAGCUCUGUCCUGUUUCACAGCAGCUAAACAGAAGCAGAGGUUCUUGUGACUACACUGGAGGAGACUCUAAGCCUGGUAAGAAAUGGAGAGCCAUCCAGGGAAAAAGGAUGAAAAAUAAAGAGAAUGGGCAGUUUUUUUUUUGGUAGAAUUUUGGCAGAAAAGUUCUCAAAAUGCAGAAAGAGUUAACCUGACAAAGAAACUAUAGUGCAAUUGGGU